GCUCCACACACAUGAAAAUUUACCAAGGCUGAGGGCCUCCGAAGAAUGAGAUGGAUUCUGGGGCGGCCUCCCCUGAGAAGCAGGACAAAGAAAAUUUAGUAGGCAUCAGCAGCAAUCGGCUGGGCGUGUGCGGCUGGAUCCUGUUCACGCUUUCUCUCCUGCUCAUGAUCAUUACCUUCCCCAUCUCCAUAUGGAUGUGCUUGAAGGUCGUUAAGGAGUACGAGCGAGCUGUUGUAUUCCGGCUGGGGCGCAUCCAAGCUGACAAAGCCAAAGGACCAGGUUUGAUCCUGGUCCUGCCCUGCAUAGAUGUGUUCGUCAAAGUCGAUCUCCGAACAGUUACUUGCAACAUCCCUCCACAAGAGAUCUUGACCAGAGACUCCGUGACCACUCAGGUGGAUGGGGUCGUCUACUACCGGAUCUACAGCGCUGUCUCGGCCGUGGCUAAUGUCAAUGAUGUCCACCAAGCCACGUUUUUGCUGGCUCAGACCACACUGAGAAAUGUCUUAGGGACACAGACCUUGUCCCAGAUCUUAGCUGGCCGAGAAGAGAUCGCCCAUAGCAUCCAGACAUUACUGGAUGAUGCCACAGAGCUGUGGGGAAUCCGGGUGGCCCGUGUGGAGAUCAAGGAUGUCCGCAUCCCAGUGCAGCUGCAGAGAUCCAUGGCGGCUGAAGCCGAGGCCACGCGGGAAGCCAGGGCCCGGGUCCUUGCAGCUGAAGGAGAAAUGAACGCGUCCAAGUCCCUUAAGUCUGCUUCCAUGGUGCUGGCAGAGUCUCCCAUCGCCCUGCAGCUGCGCUACCUGCAAACCUUGACCACGGUAGCCACAGAGAAGAACUCCACGAUCGUGUUUCCUCUGCCCAUGAAUAUCCUGGAGGGCAUCGGAGGCAUUAGUUAUGACAAUGACAGGAAGGUUCCUAACAGAGCCUGA